CCUAGCAACGGCUUCGGUGACUUGAAAUCCAUCUUCAAUCAAAAACAAAAUGGCUGACUCAGGACAGCGUGCUCGUGCUAGUAACUCAUCCCUCUUCGCCGGCUCUGAUAAAUACUACAAUCCUUACAGUGGGAAGGGGAAGAUAUUAUUCACAGGUCCUGAUGGCAUUAGUGACCAACAAGUCUCCAUAAUUGAUCCGACAUAUGUAGGAAUAGGUACUAUGUCGCCAGAGGGCACGAGCGACCUUAAUUACCUAUGGAGACCAGCUCGUAGAUGUGUACAUCCACCGUCAAAGUCUAAAAAGGUUGGAGAAAUUGGCUGGGGCAUUAAUUUAUUCACAGAUAUAAAACGGUUAAAGAGUGGUCAGCAAAUCAUGCGAGGAGAAUUUCGCCAAGAAUGUGAAGACAGACACACUCAUCUCUAUCAAAAUCCCUGGUACCCUCACCCUAAUGAUAUAGAACAAGUGAAAAAACACGAAGAUGAGAAAAAGGACAGCGAAGAAAGGAUCUUCACAUAUUCAAGUAGAUCUCGACGGACCACACCCGAUAUCUCCCAAACAUCAAGAGGACACAGCCAGAAGUACUAUAGGUCCCAUACUCCUACACCACGACACAGCCCCCCACCAUUUGAUGGCCCUGGAAUAAGGCCUCCACCAAGACCACGAUCUUGUACCCCAAGCACUCAAAGCCGAGCAAGAUCAGGCACCAUGUCUAGCUCUACAUCGAGGCAAAGCCAGUUAUUCAGCUAACUACCAAGAAGACAAAGUUAAUUUUAUAUGGAAUUCGGCUUUCUCUAUAUCGAUAACAUGAUGGGAGAUUUAUUUGAAUUUCGAACAUGUUGUACUGGUAAUGAUACAUUAUUUAAGAAUUUGAGAUUCGUGUUGAAGAUUUUCUCAUUGAAGAUUGUGUCAUUUUCAAUGUUUUCUUUUUAUAGAUUUUAAAAUAUGUAAUUUUGUAAAAAAAAAUCUGGAAGUUUGUUAUUUAUUAAAAUCGAGUGAAAUUAUCUGCAUCUUUUCUCGUGUGGCGUUGAGGGGAUCGAGGGGCAAUUUAUUUGGCAUUUGUCUGUUCGCCUGUUUAUCAAGAAAGAGGACACGAACAAAAAAAUGACGCCAUCUUUACCGUUAAGUUUCCAAAUGAUUGACAAUUCUCCUUGCCAUUGUUCAUGCGACUCCAUGCAGUCAUCAGGCUAUCGGUUAAAUUAGGAAUAUCCGAAGUUCGGAGUCCGGGGAGUGUAGGAAUGAAAAGAUCCAUCUUGACUGCAGUUUAGGGUCAUCGCAGUAAUAAUGGGUUAUUGUGCAGUUCCAGGAAAUAUUCUACCCCCCCCCCCCCUCCCCAUGGAGGGGAUUAUGGAAUUAUGGAUGUUUUCUGGAACUACACAUUUCGCAAUAAUAAAAUGAAACAUUGUAUGUGAUGUUGGGCAGAUUUUUUUUCUGUCAAAUUAAAAAUAAUCGUCAGAUUAUUUUUCUUGCCCUAUUUUCUGUCGAAAUUCUAUCCAAUAACAGGCAGACAUAUGUUGUUACGUCGCCAAUAAAUCCUCCGUGCGCAAAGUACGGAUAUUCUCAAAUUCCACUUUUAGCUUAUUAUUCUGAGCUGUCUUGUAAACUAUAACAUUUUUUUACAAAACCAUUGUCGCGUCUUCCUUUUAUGUCAUUUAUAUUCAAAUACUUACGACACUUAAACUUGAAACCAUGCCAUCUAAGCUUUCUGCUAAUUGCUAAUGCACAAAAACAAUUAAUUGGAAUAUACCCGCACGAGCCAGAGACAUUUUAGCAUGGGAAUAAGUCCACAAUUUCAUAUUGAAAAAUAAGUUUGUCCCGACUUUUCUGGAUCUACAAAGAAAGGUAAUACUUAAAAGUUUGUUUUUGUGACGAUUUAUCAGAAAGCAUAUGUAAUUUUCGAGCAACUGAAUACCCUUAGAAACCUUCUACUAGUUUUGAUAAAGCUGUAGCUAUUGUUUAUCAAAUCGUCUCUUUUUGAAUAAGCAAUUACAUUUUUUAAUCACAAAACGAAUAAAAAGAACUGAAUGCAAACAAAUAUAUCGAAUACAACAUUUUUUUAAAGAACGCCAGCUUUUCCUGCUAAAUUAAAAUAACUCCCCUGCGUUUCUGCCAACGAAAUAGGAAACAUGUCACACUAUUUAGUUAAUUUUCACCGAGUUGUUUGCGUACCAUAAGAGUUCGUUUUUCUCGAUUUGACACGACCCACUCGUGAUAGGCAUACGAAUUCAGCCAUCGAUAUUUUCUUCCGCUGUUUUUAAAGAUCCUGUCAAACUUUUCAUUCAAGUUACCGACGUUUGACCAUUUUAUUGAACUCGACGGUGGUAAAUAAGUUGUAUACCUAUGGAAUCUGUCAAGCAUUUGGGAUGUAUUGGUCAUGUUAUGAAUCAUUGUGCUGGUAAUACUCGAGCAGCUGUUUUGAUUUUUCAAUUUAAGAAAAGUAAUUGCUCCCUAUGUGAAAGAAAACCUGGCAUCGCCGAAGAAAGCAGUGGACAAACGCAUCCAAAGCCCACUUAAUUCAACUUGUCCCUCGAAGAUUGAAGCUUUGCCUGACAUAAAGAUUAUGGCUUUCUGCACAUAAUGUUUGGUGUGAUUGGAAGGUGACAUUGUUGGCCUCCUUUUCAUCCCAUUGCACAAUAGUAGGACAUUAUAUACAAGAUGCUUUGAUGAGACUAAUCCCCUUCGUGAUACUGAUGAGUUUUAACUCCGAGUUAAAACCUCACAAAGUCGAAACGGUGGCUUGAAGAAGAAGAUGAUCCACAUCAUGAAAGAAGGUUUUCAAAAAAAACAACACCAAAAAAGAAAAUUCCCUGAGGAAUUGGCGAGUUUCAUGUACAAACAUUUUGUUGAUUUGCAUUUUGCAUUUUAAAAGCUUAAGAGGAUAAAAUACUUCAAGGAAAUAUAUCCAUCUGAAAGUUGUCAACCUAUAGCUUCUAAUAGCGUUGAAUCUAAAAACAUCUAAUUCCAAACAAAAGGCAAAGCAUAAGAAGUGAAAAUCAAUAUCUUCUCAUCAUUUUGCUACAAGACAACAGCUGCACGGUCCAUACCGAGAAAUCGUCGAGUCAUUGACGAAGAAAGAGUUUAGAACCGGUAAAACUACGAAGGUCAAGAAAUCGAACACGAGCGCUCGGUUAACAAAGAGUAUUUUAAAGAGCCAAGAAAUCGAAUGGUUGACGAAAAAAGCAAUAUAGCUACGUAAGUCAAGUUAUUCACAAAGAACAGAGAAGCCAAUAUCGACACGAAAUUUACAAAAA